GCGCACAAUAAAAUGGCAGAAGAUUCUUUAUCAGCUCAAGACCCACUCAUCUGUUCUGUCUGUCUGGAUUUAUUUAACGAUCCAGUGACUAUUCCCUGUGGACACAGUUACUGUAUGAGCUGUAUUGAGGGCUGCUGGGAUCAGGAUGAUCAGAGAAGAGUCUACAGCUGCCCCCAGUGUAGACAGACCUUCACUCUAAGACCUGCUCUUAAAAAAAGUACCACAUUGGCCGAACUGGCUGAGAGACUGAGGAGGAAAAGACUCCAGGCUGCUCCUCUUGCUGUCUGUUAUGCUGGACCUGGAGAUGUGGAGUGUGACAUCUGCACUGGGAGAAAACUCAAAGCUGUCAAAUCCUGUCUGGUGUGUCUGGUGUCAUUUUGUGAAAUACACCUCCAGCCUCACUAUGAAUCUCCUGCCUACAAAAAACACAAGUUGGUCAAAGCCUCCACACGACUACAGGACAGGAUCUGCUCUCAACAUGACAGACUUGUGGAGAUUUACUGUCGCACUGACCAAAAAAUGAUCUGCUAUUUGUGUACAAUGGAUGAACACAAAGGCCAUGAUACAGUCUCAGCGGCAGCUGAAAGGUCUGAGAAACAGAGGCAGUUGGGGGAGACUCAGAGAAAAUCCAGACAAAGAAUCCAGGAGAGAGAGAAGGAGCUUCAGGAGUUGAAACAGGCUAUGAAUUCUCUGAGGAUCUCUGCACAGACAGCAGUGGAGGACAGUGAGAGGAUCUUUACUGAGAUGAUCCGCUCCAUUGAGAGAAGACGCUCUGAGGUGAUAAAACAGAUCAGAGAUAAGGAGAAGGCUGAACUGAGUCUGGCUGAAGAUCACAUAAAGAAACUGGAGCGGGAGAUUGCUGAACUGAGGAAGAGAGACACUGAGCUGGAGCAGCUUUUACACAAAGAGGAUCACAUCCAUUUCCUCCAGAGUUUCCAGUCUCUCUCUGUUCAUUCAGGAGUUAAGUUACGCAGGAUGACUGUCAAUCCAGUCUUCUCUUUUGAGGAUGUGAGGAAAUCUGCCUCUGAAAUGAAGACGAGACUAGACAAAUUCCUCAGUGAAGAGACAAUCGAUAUACAAGAAAAAGUUAAUACAGACCAGCUUUUCUUACCUGCUCAGCCAAAAACCAGACAGGAAUUCUUACAGUAUCUCCGUCUGCUCACACUGGAUCCCAAGACAGCACACAGACAACUUUAUCUGUCUGAGGGGAACAGAAAGGUGACGAGGACUAAUACAGCUCAGCCAUAUCUGGAUCAUCCAGAGAGAUUUGAAGCGUGGGGGCAGGUUCUGUGUAGACAGAGUUUGACUGGACGCUGUUACUGGGAGGUUGAGUGGAGUGGGUGUGUUUAUAUAGCGGUCUCAUACAAAGACAUCAGGAGGAAAGGGAACAGCAAAGAGUGUGGGUUUGGGUACAAUAAUCAGUCUUGGAGCUUGUUUGGUUCUGAUAUAAAUGCCAAGUACAUUUUCAAACACAAUAAUAUUAUGACUGAAAUCCCAACAGUGCACAGCGGUCCAAGAAUAGGAGUGUAUCUGGAUCACAGGGCAGGAAUUCUAGCCUUCUACAGGGUCUCUGACACAAUGACUCUCCUCCACAGAGUCCAGACCACAUUCACUCAGCCCCUCUAUGCUGGAUUCUGGAUUUUCCUUGGAUCUGUUCACAUUAAGAACCAACUCUAA